UCUUAUUUAAUUUUGGCAUGUAAAGUUGAAAAAAAUCAAUUUAGUUAUAAAUUACUCGCUAUUUAUUUUAUGCUUUAAACAUAGUUACUGCUUAAGUUAUACAAACAUAAAAAAUUAUUUGAAAAUGAGCUCUCAAGAUCAAAGAGUUCGUCAAUUGAAGAUUAAAACAGGAAUUGUUCAAAGAUUGCACAAAGAAAAGAAGGUUUAUGAAAAGGAACUUAUCCAACAAGAAGAAAAUAUUUUAAAGAUGAAAAAUGACGGUGCAGAUGAAUAUGAUAUAAGGAAACAGGUUGAAGUCAAAAAUGAGUCUGCUGCCAUGAUACCAGAUAGUAUAAGACGUCUAAAAAAAGCUUGUGAUGAUUUAGUCAAUUUGUUAGAAACUGAAAACGAUCUUUCAGAAGUUGAGGAAUACAUUGCUGCUCAAAAUGUGCUUCAAGAAGCCACUGCAGAGUUAAAUUGAUUCAUUUCUUAAAGGAAAUUGUUUUUGAAAAUUCUACAGAAGUUCAGAUUAUCUUUUAGUACUAAAAAUUAAAAAAAUAUUAUAUACUAGUUA